AUGAGGUUCAUCGAGACUUGGAACGCCAAGAUCGCCGCCGGCCCGGUUGGACGGUGGUUCCAGCUCGAAGGCUCCGGCCAUCCCCGCGAGCGCAAGGGAUCCCUCUUUUUUACCGAGCUCCGCGCCGGCCUCGUUGCCUUCUUUGCUAUGGCCUACAUUAUCUCCGUCAACGCGUCCAUCGUUUCUGCUUCCGGCGGAACCUGCGUCUGUCGCAACGAGGCAGACCCAGUUUGCGAAACAGACGAUGACUAUUUACUGUGUGUCGCCGAGAUCAACCGCGACAUGGUCACUGCCACCGCCGCCAUUUCCGCCUUGGCCACUUUCUUCAUGGGACUCCUCGCCAAUAUGCCCGUCGGUGUCGCCCCAGGCAUGGGCUUGAACGCCUACUUCACCUACUCCGUCGUCGGUUUCCACGGAAGCGGCGCCGUGCCCUAUGAGGUCGCUCUGACCGCCAUCUUCAUUGAGGGCUUCGUCUUCUUCGGUCUUGCCCUUCUCGGCUUGCGCCAGUGGCUUGCCCGUGCCAUCCCCCGUUGCAUCAAACUUGCAACCGGUGUCGGCAUCGGCCUGUUCCUUACCCUGAUCGGUCUGACCUACGGCGAGGGAAUCGGCCUGAUCGUUGGUGCCACCGAGACACCCCUCGAGCUGGCUGGCUGUGCGGAAGAACACUUCAAAAAUGGCUUGUGUCCAUCGGAACACAAGAUGCGCAACCCCAGGAUGUGGAUCGGCAUAUUCUGUGGCGGUAUCCUAACCGUCAUGCUGAUGAUGUACCGCUUCAAGGGUGCCAUCCUCGCCGGUAUCCUGCUAGUCAGCAUCAUCUCCUGGCCCCGAGACACCGCAGUCACCUACUUCCCAAACACCAACGUUGGUAACUCCAAAUUUGAGUUCUUCAAGAAGGUUGUCGAUUUCCACCCUAUCCAAAGGACCCUCAAUGUGCAGGACUGGAACGUCGGAGGAUACAGCGGCGCCUUUGGUCUCGCUUUCAUCACCUUUUUGUACGUCGACAUUCUCGACUGCACCGGCACUCUUUACUCCAUGGCUCGUUUCGCAAACCUCAUCGACGAGGAGACCCAGGACUUCGAGGGCUCGUCCGUCGCCUACAUGGUCGAUGCUCUCAGCAUCUCUGUUGGUGCAGUUUUCGGCACUCCUCCUGUCACGGCCUUUGUCGAGUCUGGAGCUGGUAUUUCCGAGGGAGGCAAGACGGGCCUGACCGCCAUGUCUACGGGACUCUGCUUCUUCAUAUCGAUCUUUUUCGCCCCCAUCUUCGCCUCCAUCCCGCCGUGGGCCACUGGCUGCGUACUGAUUCUCGUAGGAUCCAUGAUGGUUCGCGCUGUUGUCGAGAUCAACUGGAGAUACAUAGGUGAUGCGAUCCCUGCCUUCAUCACGUUGGCUCUCAUGCCCUUCACAUACUCUAUCGCCGAUGGUCUCAUCGGUGGCGUCUGCAGUUACAUCCUCAUCAAUACCCUUAUUUGGGUCCUUGAAAAGGUCUCCGGUGGGCGCAUCGUUCCCCAUAACAAGCACGAGAAAGACCCUUGGACCUGGCGCAUUCCUGGCGGUAUCUUGCCCCCUUGGGUCCGCCGUCUUCUCAAGGGCAAGAAAGACUUUUGGCGCGCAGUCGAGAACACAUCCGCCAGCAACGCCGAGCCUAGACCCCUCGAGAAGACAGCCAGCUCCGAGCAGGGGGGUUCCAUGAAUGGCAAAGACAGGGACGUUGGUGAGACCAUCACUCCACACGGUGGCAAAUCGUCAUAA